AUGCCUUUUGAUUCUCUAGUUGAUGGUAUUGAGUUUUAUAAAGCUUAUGCUCGGUUUUGUGGUUUUGUGGAAAGAUUGGCUACUGAGAAAAAAGAUAAGGAUGGUCAUGUUUACUUGAAGUACAUUAUUGUAAUAAACAAGGAUUUAAAGAAGAUGAGGGAGUUUCAAAAUGCAAUUUUUAAUUGUGGAGUUUACAAAGUACAAAUAGAGGAAGCUGUUGAGGAGUUUGAAGUUGCAGAUAAUACAAGGAAGAAAACAUAUCAUGUAACUUAUAUUCCUGAUUCUCAUGAUUGUUUUUGCUCUUGUAAGAUGUUUGAAUCCAUGAGAAUAUUAUGUCGGCAUGUGCUUUUUGUGAUAAAAGAGAAGUUUUUAACUGAAAUUCUAGAGCAACAUAUAUUGCAUCGGUGGACUAAAGAUGCUUCAAAAAAGCCCAUUUUUGACUUUUGUGAGGACUUUGAUGGUAUAGAAAUAAAUAAGAAGAAAAAAGUUGUUGGGGAUCUAUGGUCGAAAUUCUUCUCAUGUGUAAGCCUUGUUGAAAAUAACACAGACCAUCUUGAGUUAUUAUUGGAAAGGUUAUCUGCUUUUGAGGAGGAAAUGAAACCUGGAAAAGAAAAUGUUGAGCAACAAUCUAAAGAAAAGCAUAUUGAGUUGUUCGUUGGUUCUAAUAUAGUAUCAGGUGGUAUACUUCCUCCAAACAAGUCGUCAAACAAAGGAAGUGGUACGGGAAAGAGAAAGAAAAGUGAUCAAGAGAUAGCCAUUGAAGCAAGCAACAAAAAGGAGAGACUUUGUAGAUCAUGUGGUCAACUUUCAACUCAUGAUAGUCGUAAUUGCCAUGAGAAAAAGAAAAACCUAGAAUGA